AUGAGCACACCAAAAGCCUUUGAGGUCCUGAAGGCCCGCUUGUGCAUGCUGAGUCUCCUCACAGGGGCCUGCAAGUGCCUCUUCGGCAGCUGCACUUCUCUCCCAGGGGUCCUGCCCCCCCUCGCCCUCGUCAUCUACACAACCAGGGAGCUCAUAAAGAUCAACGGCGGCGCGCGCCAGCCCCCCGUCCCGACCCCGACCCCGACACCAGAUCUCGCGGCCGAGGACGAACGGGAUGAGGUCUCCCACAUUGAUGGCAAAAUCGCUCCCCCAGAAGACGAGGUAAAGAAGCUGGCGCAGGCGCUCGACCGGGUCGAAGGUCUGCUGGAGCACUACGGCGACAUGGUCGAGCGGACGGGGACCAGCUGUGUCGAGGCCUUUCGGCAGAUCCACAAGCAGCACAGCGACCAGCUGAAGCGAUACACCGAUUUCCGCAACGAGUACGACGACAAGCUCGGGUCCGUCGGCGGCGCCCUGGACGCCCGCCGGCACGAGACCGCAGAGGUCUCGCGGACGGCCGCGCAGAACUACAGCCUGCUGUGCGACCUCAUCGCAAAAUACCAGCGGGCCGUCGAGGAGAACCAGGACGCCGCGAAGCAGCACAUGGGCUCCGUCAGCGACGUGCUGCUCGGCCAGGACAAGGCGAUCGCGGCGGCGCGCGAGCACGUCACGCUGCGCGUCGGGGAGUUCCAGGCGCAGCUGGAGGCGCAGGAGCGGGCGGCCGAGGAGAACAGGGGGCUCGUGAGGGAGUAUGGCGCCGAUGUUAACAGGGUGGUGUCAGACCAUGCACGGCUCGUCGGCGAGUACCAGGCCGCCCUCGAGGGGGUGGUGUGUCUCAACACGGCCAACCGUGUGUUCUCGCUGGUGCGUGUCCCUUAUGGCUGGGAGACGCUGGGGGAUACCGCCGAGGACGUCGAGGAUCACGGGGGGGCUCGGUCCGGGGCGCAGCCAGCUACUGCCACCGCCACCGGAAGCAUGGUCGACAACGUCCAGGAGCUAUCACGCACAUUCAGGACACAAUCCAACCAGACCGCCAACACCAACAAGGCCACGCCCCAGGAGACGCCAAUGGAGCAAAUGCUAGCCGACAUGCUUAGCCAGGUCCAGGACACGGCGCGGGCGCAGCGCGCCGAGGAAGCGGGCCAGCUCCGGCAGGCGCAGGCGGACAUCGAGAAGCUGCGGGCGGACCUGGGCGAGAUCGAGGAGUUCCGGCGGGUGAUCCGGGAGCGCCAGGAGGUCGAGGAGCUCCACCAGCGGCAGACUGAGAUGUUGAAGGUCUUUGAGGAUGACCCCGAGCGGUACCACCGGGAUGCCAAGUUCCGCGCCGAGGUGGGCGAGAUCAGGGGGGCGGUCGAAGAGCGCCUCCGCGGGGCCCGUGGUGGUGCCUCCUCGCCUGGCGAGAGUGCCAAGCCGCAGCAGCUGUCUGAGACUGUCUGGUUUAGUUGA